GAUAGCUUGCAGGUCUAUGUUCUCUCACAGCGGUGGCCGUCGCAGCCAUGCUCAAGCCGUGGAACAAGGGCAUUGCACCGCCCGAGGUGGCUGAGCCGCGCGGCAGGAACGCUCCACGUGUCCUCCGCACCUCUCAGCUGUGUGCCGCUGGCGAGACGAUCUCCAAGCUUUGUGAUCAGCUGCACUUUUGGCGAGGACAAUCGCAAGAUGUGAAGGAGGAGUUGCAGCAGAGCUUAGCGAGGAAAUCUGCAGUGGAUGUCCGCCUGGAACGUCGCAGCGCACUGGCGCGACGCGUGCGCACGCUGCGAGAAGAGCUGAGCUCGCAGCGAGAAGGCCUUGAGCUCCUGCAGCAGCAGCUCCAUAGCGGAGCCGCUCCAUCGCGACGGCGGCCGACGGACCAAGGCCUCCAGGCCUGCAGCAUGGCAGAAAGCACGCUUUUGCCGCCAGCGGACUUCGCAGCUGCACAGGAGAGCUUCAGGGAGCUGCAGGCCGCACUAGCAGCACAGCAGGUGGAGGACGCAGAGGCAAGUCGAUCUCUAAAGAAGAGCUGGCAAAGGUUGCGGUGCCAACAAAUCAGAAAGCUCCACGAAGUGCGUCAAGUGUAUCCCUUGCAGCAGUGCAGCAGCUACUGGACCAUCCGUGGGAUCUCUCUUCGGGGCACUGAAUCCUUGCGCCACCAAGAUCCCUUGGAGGAGCACGAAGCUAGCACUGCCUUAGGCUUCUUAGGCCACAUCUUGGUCUCGGUGGCGGCGCUCUUACAGGUGCCACUACAACUGGAGCUGAAACGAGCAGGCUCUUCACGGUGCUUCUUGGUGGAUUUGCAUGAGACCCCGGAAGCCCCGAGCCGUGCCUUUCUUCCACUGCCCAAAGGUGGCAGUGUGAGGAAGUGCGGCGAGUGGCCCUUGCACUACAGCCGUGUGGAGAAGAGUCACUUUGACAUGGCCUUGAAACUGUUAGAGGACAGUCUUCACCAGUUUCUGUACAGCCGCGGCUACUUGAGCCACCGGAAACUCUAUGGAGGGAAUCUCCUGAAGUGUGCUGACGCCAUUUUCAGCCAUGAAAUCUAUGGCGAUGAGAGUCGUGCACUCUAAGCGCCUAUGGCCCUGUGGGCGUUCCUUGGGCAGACCUUUC